GUUGAGAGGAAAUUGACGAAGAGAACCGGUUGUUACCUAAAGUUGUGAAAUACCGAACAUUGUGUCAGUUUUAGUUAAGGAACGUUUCAAAUCCAGUUCAGAAUACAAGAGAGCCAAAACAAAAUUGUGAUGGCAAAGAGGAUUGCAGAUAAGGAGUUGACAGACAGGAACUGGGAUCAGGAAGACGAGGGUGAAGAGGCAGGGACAUUUUCUGUUGCGAGUGAAGAUGUGAUGAAGAAUCGGGCCAUUAAAAAGGCGAAGCGUCGAAAUGCUGGCGCAGAGGGUGAGAGUGGAGGAGCUUUUAAGGCAUUUAAGGGCUUCUCGCUAACCCCAUCCUCAGCAGGAGGUACAGGCACAUUCCCCAGUUUUGGGAAUGGAGCUUCUUUCAAGCCUCUGUCCAGUCUGACCAAUGGCAGCACCACUCCGUCUUUUGGAGGCUUCACAACACCCGCCACAACCAAGACAACUCCCGUCCCAGGAUCCUCUACAUUCAAUGGUCCUGCCUCUUCCAAGCCCCCAGCUGCUGACAUCACGGACAGGCAAUCCAAUGGCUCCUCCCCAAACCUGGCUCAGAGCUCUAGCGGCUGCGGCAACAGUAAGGAGUACAACCGCCAGCUCACAGCUCUCAACUGCUCCGUGCGCGACUGGAUCACAAAGCAUGUGAACGACAACCCCCUGUGCGAUCUCAACCCUAUUUUCCGUGACUAUGAGCGGCACCUGGCCAGCAUCGAGAAGAAAUAUGGAAGCGGCGUGGCAACAGCCACCCAGGUGGAUACAGCCUCCAAGAGCGAGGCAUCAGGGGGGAUACAGGGGGGGCUCCAGGCUGCCAGCGCUGCUCUGCCUUUCUCAAGCAGUACUGUCACAACAGCCACAGCCGCUGCCAGUGCAGCACCCACUUUGUUCUCUUUCGGCAAAGAGAAGGACAGUGCCGCCCCUGAGAAGAGCAGCGUGCCCGUUACCGCGCCUCCCGGUGUUACCUUUAACUUUGGCCAGAAGCUGGACAGCUCAGUACUGGGCUCCCUCGGGUCUGGUGGCGCUCCCAGCUUCUCCUCGUCGUCCUCCACGUCUUUGUUUGGAGUGACACCCAAAACAGUUGCUCCUGCAUCCUCCUUCUCCUUCAGCCAAGGGGUCAAGACCGAUUCAGCCAGUAACAGCCAGACUGCAGAUGAGAAUGCAGCAGAGGAGGAGUCAGAGGAACCUCCUGUACCUGUGGUGAGAGAAAUUAAGGAGAAAGAUGCCUUCUACUCCAAAAAGUGCAAGUUGUUCUAUAAGAAAGAGAAUGAAUUCAAGGAGAAAGGCGUUGGCACGUUGCAUUUAAAGACAGUAGCAGAGGGCAAACUGCAGCUGCUGGUUCGUGCUGAUACCAACCUGGGAAACAUUUUGUUGAAUAUCAUGGUACCGUCCACCAUGCCUUGCUCGCGAACAGGGAAAAACAAUGUGAUGGUGGUGUGUGUCCCAAACCCCCCUGUGGAUGACAAGAAUCCGACCACCCCCGUGCCCAUGCUCAUCCGUGUGAAAACAGCCGAGGACGCGGAUGAACUUCACAAAAUCCUCCUGGAAAAGAAAGCCUGAGGCUCCGUCUUCUUUCACCUGUGCACAGACUCUGAGCCACUCGUUUUAACAGACUCCCCCGUUUUCCCCCCUCCUGUCCUCUCUGUCGUAUAAUGCCUGAAUGUUGCCUGCAUGGCCAAAUGUGAAGAUUCCGUAGUUAGCCUGUAUCUACACUCGAUUCACACUCGUACCAGUUCAUUCAAAGAAAACCUUUUAAUUUGCAUGCGUUUACAGACAUCUUUGCGAGCAGUUUUAAAUGAUUUGUUGACAGAGAUUUCACAGUGUCGUACGCUGUGAAAUCACGCAAAAGCAGUCCCUUUCUGAGAUGGUCAUGAUAGCUUAGAGACUUCUUUUUUCCCCACCGUUGAAGAGGUUAUGUGAUUCAGAAGAAGGCUUCCUCCUCAGAAAGGCGCAGGUUUUGUGGCUAAUGGAGUUAAUCUGAAUUUAUGAACAUUCCAUCAUAAUUUACUGUGCUGCUAUUAAAGAGAUUAAUUAAAGGUUAGACAGAUUUUGCUUGUGGUUUUUUGUUUUUCUUUUGAGUGAUUGGAGAACUGUUUUCAUUCAUUAAUGAGUGCGUCUGGAUUAGAUGAAAAAAUGCUUGUAAGAAUGAACUGGAGUAUAGCUUGAAUAUUUUGUACUUGCUGAGUUUACCCUUUGUAGGGAAAGGGAGUGGAGAGGUCUUGAGGUUAGUAUUUAAAACAAAUCGCUGCAGAUGUUGACUCACAAUCUGAUUCCAAAACCACAUAUGUAUUUUUAAUCAUUUCAUUUAACGGCAGAUCAGUUUUGUAGAUAUACAGAUCCUUCCAUUUAAAACACAAUGGUUUGUUCCUGUUGAUAUUCUGUGUUCAGGCAUUUGUCGGUAUUGGUAUUUAUUUUAGAAGCGAUGGUAUGUUGCCCUCUGAUCUGCAUUGUGUGAAUGAAUCCUGUAUAGUUCCCUCCUUUGGAAGUGUAUGAUAUCCAAACACGUUAAUAAACGGUUAAGGAGUUCAUGUUUGAUCAUUCAGCAGUCGAUACUUUGGUGUGAUGGCACUCGUCACCAAGUAACUUUUUUUGGUUGACUUUGUUUUUCAAGUGACCUUUGUAAUGCCUUGGACAAUAGAGUGAGUGAGUA